UCUACAUUCAGUACUCAAUGAACGCUUAGCACGUCAGUAUCAGCUGUUCAUAAAAUUAGAAAAUGUCUUCCAAAUACAAUAAUGACUCAGCUAAAUCUGAGAAUUGCAUACCCAAGUGGAUAAAUGAAGACUAUUUUCAUCCUAUAGUCCAAAAAGAUGUACAGGAGUUUGCAAGCAUUAAGAAGUUUACAUCCGUAGCAGCAACACAACCAGGUGAUAACUUCGCCUCAGUUAUGGUGAGGGUGAUCUUGGACAUAGAACUCAAAGAUGGCAGUGAACAAAGCGUGUUCUACAUUUUGAAGACGAUGUUCGAGAAGAAUAAAGGAAACAAAGGUUUGUUUCCCAAAGAAAAGCAGAUGUACCAGGAUCACAUACCCAACUUCAUUAGGCUCUAUAAGGAGGCAGGCGUGGACAUUGAACUAGCACCCAAAUGUGUUCAUAUUGACGAAAGUCCGGAUAGCAUAACCCUUGUGCUAAAGGAUCUGAAACACGAAAAAUUCGAGAAUGUUGAUCGCUUGAAGGGAUUUGAUAUGGAACAUAUGUGUCGUGUGCUACGUAAGGUUGCAGAGUUGCAUGCCGCAUCUGCGGUAACCUACGAGCAGAAUGGACCCUAUGACGAGAUGUACUCUCAAACCCUGUAUAAAGAAAGCAGUCGUCCCAUAUUCGAGGAAGUGUUUGCAGCAAGAAACGUUCAGUACUUAAAGGCAAUGCGAGAAUGGCAACUUCCGGAUGUGGAGAAAUUUAUUGCGAAAGUUCGCUCUCCAAAAGAGUAUUUCGAUACCGGACUGGCACUGAACAAUGUGGAUGAAAACGAAUUUAAUUGCCUUAAUCAUGGUGAUCUUUGGUGUAAUAAUAUCAUGUUCUCUGAAGAUCGGACUCUGUUCGUUGAUUUCCAACUUGGAAGGUGGGGAUCUCCCGCCCAGGAUCUUUGGUAUAUUAUAACCACAUCGCCAUCGCUAGACAUUAAGGUCAAGGAAUUCGAUCAUUUUAUUCAAAUCUAUCAUACACGCUUGGUAGAAUGUUUAAAAUUGCUUAAGUAUUCCAAGGUCAUUCCCACACUGAGGGAAUUGCACGUUUUGAUGAUCAAAUACGGCGAUUGGGGUCUAAUGACGGCGACUGGUGUUUUAAGUGUCGUACUUAUGCCCCCUGAUACGGAUGUCAAUUUAGAUAUGGUAUGGGCACUGAGCUUAGAAGGCGACGCUGUUCGGUAUAAGAUGUUCGUUAAUCCCUACUACAUCAAAACUAUGGUCCAACUGUUACCUUUCUUUUAUAACAAAGGUCUUCUAUGAAUGCGUGAAAACUAAAAACGAGAUUUAAACUGUCAAACUGAAUAAACAAGUUUUCUAUAUCCUCCAA